AUGGCAGAGUCAUCAGGUGUACUGACGUUAGUCACCCUGCUCACAACCCUCGCCCUAGGGGCGGGGGCUGGGGUUAGGUGUAACCCCCCGUCUUCGUCCUCGGAGUCAAUUUAUGACUUCACGCUGCCCGACAUCUUAGGACAGAAAAACAUUAGCCUCGCGACCUACAAAGGUAAGGUUGUUCACAUCAUGAAUGUGGCAACCUACUGAGGGUUAAACAGUGUCCAUUACCAUGGCGUGAAUGCACUUCAAAGCCAGUAUGGAGACAUGGGCUUCCAGGCGCUGGGCUUCCCAUGCGACCAGUUCCACAAUCAACAACCCGAGGACACUGGAGAAGAAAUCCUUAAUGGUUUGAAGUACGUCAGACCAGGAGGAGGGUUUGUUCCAAACUUCCAGAUGUUCGGUCUUGUCGAAAUCAACGGGAAGAAUGAGCAUCCUCUCUUUACAUACCUCAAGAAAUACUGCCCUCCACCAACAGACACAUUUGAGGACACUAGUCUGCUAUUGUACUCACCUUUGAAGGUCAGCGACAUAAGGUGGAACUUUGAACAGUUCCUCAUUAACAAAGACGGCAAACCAAUUAUGCGAUACUCGUCGGAUGUCAACCCGAUGGUGUUAAAACCAGAAAUUCAGCGAAUGCUCCAGAGUGUACCGGAGCAGGGAGAGUCGCUAAGGUUUAGAAGUAAUAUGUGA